GAGUUCCACCGCCUCGCCCCCAACAUGGACCACGAACCCUCACCGAUUCCACACAAGCUCCUCGUCAGUUUACUUCCUCCAUGAUUUCCCAAUGUUACGACCUCCUUGCACAAGGCCUGUCCACGUCUACCCGUCGUACUUACUCCGCUGGUCAUCGCCUGUUUUCCCAUUUCUGUGGCUUAGCACACAUGUCUCCUCUUCCGGCAGACGAAUGGUCCUUGCUGCUGUUUGUCACGUGGAUGCACUCG